AUGCCAGCUCCAUCGUCCAUCUGUACCCGACCAGCCUUUCCUCCAUCCCUCGCCAGACGAUUGGCCAAACGACGUAUCAACCCUGCCCGACCUCUUCACACUUCCUCACCUAUUCUCAACGUCUCAGUCAAACCCGAACCAUCCACAAUCCCACCUUCCACCGCCCUAUCCGCACUACUAUCAAGACUAUCUUUACCUUCCAAUGACCCCUCGCUACAUCCCACUCUGAUAGCCUGUCUAACUCAUCCAUCAUACUAUUCCGCUCAAGCUCAAUCGAACACCAACGAAAUACCAGAACUUGAAGUGGUCGACUCCGAAUCCUCCUCCUCAUCUUCCACAUCAACCACAAAAAGCGAUAACGAGCUUUUAUCUACAUUGGGUAAUUCAUUGUUAGGUCUAUUCGCCAGUGAACAUAUCACCCAGCUUUAUCCCCUACUACCAACUCAAGCAGUUAAAUACGCCAUAACGGCCUAUGUCGGUCCAUCAACAUGUUUGUCCGUAGCUAGAGAGCUGGGGGUGAGCGUACAAGGAGGUGGAAAUAACGGUCAAGUACCUGGUUUAGGUAGAGGUUCAAACUCUGCUGGUUUACCUAUCAGAUGGUCCAAAGUGUAUUUGCAAGAGAAGAAUUAUCAGGAUAACAUUAGAGGCGAGAAUGUAACAUCAAAAGGACCUGAGAAGGUUCCUGUUGCAAGGAGGUUUCAGAAAUUCAUAGAGAAGAAGGAGAAUGAAGAAAAAGAUAUAUCGGAAGAGAUACGAGGAAGAAGUAAUAGAGAGAGUUUCGAGGAUGUCGUUGCUUCUACGGUUAGAGCUUUCGUAGGGUUGAUCUACCAAGAACAGGGAAUCCACGCCGCUCGAUCAUUCGUUCACGCUCACUUCCUCUCGCGUUCCAUUGACCUUUCCUCAUUAUUCAAUUUCAAAAACCCCCUUCACAUGCUUUCCUCGGUCAUUUCCUCCCAUCUCUCCUCAGCCGGUGUACCCAUCUCAGCCAACCAGGGUGUCAUCGAAAAGAGAUUAUUAGCAUCUACCGGUGUAAAUUCGCAAUCGCCUUUAUUCCUUGUCGGUCUGUUCUUACCAUCAGGUAUAAAAUUGGCUGAAGGUCAUGGAUCGUCUAAGGCCAUGGCUGAAUACAGAGCUGCUAAGAAUGCUUUGUUGAGUCUAUUCUUAGUUAGAUCAGAUCAACCGAAUUCUUCUGAAGAAACGGGGUUAGAGCUUGGGUCGAUUAGCUUGCCUAGUUCGUUAUAUGCUUCGUCGGAGAGGUGGUUGACUAAUGGAAAGAUCAGUGAGAAUGUAGAUGAGAAGGAGGUGAGUUAUAGAGGCGUCAAUUGGGGCGGGAAGGAGGUUAUAGCGGAAAGUAGAGAUUUGAGAAGAAAGUUGUAG